AUGUUUAAGAAAGACGUGUCCAUCUCGUCGCGCAGCAAGCUAAAAACGUCGCAACAGCGCGCCCUGCGAGAGAAGUUCCGCACCGCGUACCCGCUGCUGGAGCCGUGCCUGGACGCGGCGCUAGGCGCGAAGAAUGAGCAGUGGGAACUGCUGAAGCUCAAGGUCAAGGGGGAGGAGAACAAGGAGAAGGAGAAGGUCGAGGUGCACAGCGUGAACCUGUACGUGCUGCCUGGCGGCAAGGCCGGCGAGUCGCGUCCGCUCUUCUACGAGACAAAGGACGACCUGGUCCCGCACCUCAAGCUGGUCCACCGCUUCCCGGACGCGUGGCCGCGCCUGCGCAUCGACAGGGGCGCCAUCCGCUUCGUGCUCUCGGGCGCGAAGCUCGCCGCGCCGGGCCUGACCUCUCCCGGCGGCAGGUUACCCGGCGAAGGCGAGGACGAGGAUCGGUACGGGAGCGAGGAGCUGGAAGAGGGCAAGGUGGUGGUGAUUGAGGCGGAGGGCAAGGAGCAUGCGUGCAUGGUGGGCACGCUGCUCAUGAGCACGGACAAGAUGAAGAGGGAAAAGAAGGGCUACGCCAUGGACGACGGUCACUAUCUGGGCGACCACCUGUGGAGCCUGCCGUUGGACUGA